GGCGGGGCAGCACGAGCCGGCCGGCCGGGGCUGUGCACCUGCGCCUCCGCGGGCCGCCUGGGGCACCGUCCCCAGCCCGCCCGGCCCCACCAUGGCCAGGCCGCAGAGGACUCCGGCGCGCAGUCCCGACAACAUCGUCGAGGUGAAGAGCAAAUUUGAUGCUGAGUUCCGACGCUUCGCGCUGCCCCGCGCUUCGGUGAGUGGCUUCCAAGAAUUUUCGCGGUUGCUGCGUGCAGUGCACCAGAUCCCGGGCCUGGACGUGCUGCUUGGCUAUACAGAUGCUCACGGCGACCUACUGCCCCUCACCAACGACGACAGCCUGCACCGGGCCCUGGCCAGCGGGCCCCCACCGUUGCGCCUGCUAGUACAGAAGCGGGCAGAAGCCGACUCCAGUGGCCUGGCCUUUGCCUCCAACUCUCUGCAACGGCGCAAGAAAGGGCUUCUACUUCGGCCAGUGGCACCCCUGCGCACCCGGCCACCGCUGCUAAUUAGCCUGCCCCAAGAUUUCCGCCAGGUUUCUUCAGUAAUAGAUGUGGACCUACUUCCUGAGACCCACCGACGGGUGCGGCUGCACAAGCAUGGUUCUGACCGCCCCUUGGGUUUCUACAUCCGAGAUGGCAUGAGUGUACGUGUAGCUCCCCAGGGCCUGGAACGGGUUCCAGGCAUCUUCAUCUCCCGUCUGGUACGAGGGGGCCUGGCUGAGAGUACAGGGCUGCUGGCAGUCAGUGAUGAGAUCCUCGAGGUCAAUGGUAUUGAGGUCGCUGGGAAGACCUUGGACCAAGUGACGGACAUGAUGGUCGCCAACAGCCACAACCUCAUUGUCACGGUCAAGCCAGCCAAUCAGCGCAAUAAUGUGGUGCGUGGGGCUUCUGGUCGUCUGACAGGGCCUCCCUCUGCUGGGCCUGGGCCUACUGAGGCCGAAAGUGAUGAUGAUAGCAGUGAUCUGGUCAUUGAGAACCGCCAGACUCCCUGUUCUAAUGGGCUGUCUCAAGGGCCUCCGUGCUGGGACCUGCGCCAGGGCCGCCUACUUCCCAGUGCCCGCAGCUCUCUGCCCUCCCUGGAUCAAGAGCAGGCCAGUGCUGGCUGGGGAAGUAGCAUGCGAGGAGAUGGUAGUGGCUUCAGCCUCUGACAGGCAAGGAUGCAGCCCCUUGCCACUCCAGGCUGCUGAGACAUCGCAGGGACUUCCUCAGUGGCGGGUUUUAGCUUGCUCACCGGGGCCUCUUACUCUGGGGAACAUUAAAGGUUUUCUACAAAUGGAAUCAUGGUCUUUCUGUGCCCUAGCCCUAACAUCCUCCAUGUCUAACAAUUUUUCCUUCUGCCCUGGACACGAGGCAGGACAGCAGGAUGGAUGAGGACAACAGAGAGAACUUCCUGUAGUCAAGGAGCAGGAGGGACAUCAGGUUUUGCAUUUCUAGGGUAAAAAAAGCUAUUACAGAAACAAACCCCAUUGUGUACAAAAGGUUUAAUUUUGACAAAGUGAUUAAGAGGCUGGGCUGGUUCUUCUACAGCCACCAGUGGCUGGGAAAAAUGCUCUGGGGAUACUGGCCACCCCACUGCUCCUAUCUUUGGACUUCAUUCCAUGAUGGGGCCUGAUCCUGCCCUCUGCAACUGUGUGGCAAUCCUCACCGAGGACCCCUAUAAAUGCCCCCAUAAAGGGGGUUAGGCAUCCAUCUUCACGAAGACCUUGGGGCGGGAAAAGAUCUUGAUGGCCUCCUCUACCUGCAACAGCUUCCGGUCGAGCUCAGCACGGUGGCUCUGGGCCCGAAGCGAGUCUGCCCCAGCUGGCAGCACCACCAGCUCACGUAGCAACUGGCUUUGGCCUAUAAGGGACCCAGGAAGAGUGCGUGUUGGGCAGGGGUGCAUGGUCCCCAGUGGGUUCCUCAUCCACUUCCCCCUACCCCUUGCCCAUGGACUCACUCUGGAGCAGAUUGCUCAGUGUCUCCAGCCGCUGGUUCUCAGGCAUGCAAGUGUGACCAGGGGGCAUGGCAGGGUCUGGCUGGCUAUGCUGGCGGGCCUCAGCCUCCCGCCGCCACAGAUCCCUGCGUUGCAACAAGCUGUGGAUGCACAUGCUCAACGUUGGUAGUCUCAGGGCGUAGGUUGUUUCCCACCCUCUAUAGGCACCCCUCGCCCUGAGGGUUGGGCAGUGGGACCUACUAAUGGGGCACGUGGCCCUUCUGCGUGGUAUUGUAGUGCUCCUGGGCUUGCCGUUGCUGUUCCAGCACUUGUGCCAGGACCUGCAGCGAGCGGGAAUGCCGCCGGGGGGCCCUCUUGGCAGUGCGGGCAUUGUGGCUAAUGAAGUCCACACCCAGGCCUGGCCCCUGUAGGACAUGGCAAGCAUGAUGGGGCAGACAAUACUGUGUUGUGCUUCUGAACCCCUCAGGAUCCCUGCCCUACCUCCCGACCCUCACAUAUCCUCUUACCUUAGCAUUGUGGCCUGGUGGGUUUAGCUGAGGACUGGGGGCACGGGGUGGUGGGAGGCCAGGGCCACAGCGGGAGUGUGCCCGAAGGAAUUGGGCGGGCUCAGUUCUAGAGGCUGGAUUGGGCUCCUGGGGGGUAGGGCAGAGCAGAGGAAUCACCAGGCUGACGUCAGAGUCUUAAGCCAGCCAUACAACUGAGCUUCUGUUCCUUCUGCCUGUGAGGAUAUUUCUAUCUAGUCCUAUUGGCCUCCUCCCUCUUGAAGAAGCACUUCUAUCCAUGAACAUUUAAAUAUGUGUGUCUCUCACAUCUUUAAGAAAACAACAAACCACUCCUCCUUCUACCUCAGUCCUGGCUUUGGCUACCAUUCUCUUUUUCUCUCUUUCCUGGCCAAGUCUCCUGGCUCUGUCCCCACCAAGGUCACUCACAGCUGGCUUCCAAGCCAUCAAAUCCAGGGUCACUUCCCUGAUCUCACUGUCCUCAGCCCAAUCCUCAAUAACUCCUGGGUCUCACUGCUCAGAUCCAGACCUGACUCUCCAUCUGCUUCCUGGACACACUCCUACCCCCUGGGAGUCCCACAAAUGCUUCAGCUUCAACAAAUUUGCAUAUGACCUUAUUGUCUCUUCUUUCAAUUCUGCUCCUCCUUCUGAGAACCCUGGCUAGAGAAAUGGUAUUACUAUCUACGCAAGACAAUCCCACCACUAUACCCCUGCCCCUACCCUUCUCACUGCCCUUCGAAAUAAAGGUUGAAAAAUGUU